AUGGGUAAUUGCGGUCUCGUCACUAACGAGUGUGUGGUUAUCCGGAGAACCAGAUGCACUGCUGCUGCUGCUGCUGCUGCUGCCAUCGGGGAUGGGAAUGGGGACGGGGAUGGGGAUGGGGAUGGGGAUGGGGAUAGGGAUGGGGAUGGGGAUGGGGAUGGGGAUGCGGAUGGGAAUGGGGAUGGGGAUGGGGAUGGGGAUGGGGAUGGGGAUGGGGAUGGGGAUGGGAAUGGGAACGGGAAGGGGGAUACGAAGGUGGGUGGGAAUGGGGAUGAGGAGAGCGAGAAUGGAGGCAGCAACUUGGAGGAUGAUGGGAGCAGUGAUGGGGAAGACCGAAGUGACGAAUCUGAAGGGGAUGGGCAGGGGAAUACGAAGGGAGAUGGGGAAGGAGGUGGGAUGGGAGAUGAGAAAGGGGAUGGGAUGGGAUAUGAGAAAGGGGAUGGGAUGGGAGAUGAGAAGGAGGAGGAGAAUGGAGAAGACUCUAAAGGCAGUGGGAAUGAUGUUACAGGAAGUAGUAAUAUGCAAGGCAAUGAGGAGGGUAAGGAAGGGAGUGGUAGUGGAGAAGGCAAUGAGGAGGACAAGGAAGGGAAUAGUGAUGUGCAAGACAGUGAGGAGGUAGGAGGGAGUAACAUUGAUGGGCAGUACCAUGAAGAUAGGGACGGAAGUGAUAAUGGGGAAGACAAUGUGGAGGAUAAGGAAGGGAGUAGUGAUGUGCGAGACAGUGAGGAGGGAUUAAGUAGCAUAGAUGGGCGAGACAAUGAGGAUCCGGAAAUGAGUGAUAAUGGGGAAGGCAAGAAGAAGGAUAAGACAGCAGAAAAGGCAAGGAGGAAGGAGGAGAAGAAGAAACGGGCAGAAGAGAAGGCAAGGAAGAAAAGGGAGAAGGAGGAACGAAAGGCAGAGAAGGCAAAGAGAAAGGAGGAGAAGAAGAGAAGGGAAGCUGAGAAGGAAGCAGAGCAGCAGGGAGGAGAGGAGCAAGUGGAGAUGGAGGAGCAGCAGGGGGACGGGGAAACGGAGCAGGAGGACAAGCAUAGCUUGGGAGAGGAGAGGCGUUCAGAGUCAGACAACACAGAGACAAAAGGGGAGACAGGGGAGGAGGUGAAGGAGGAGGGACAGGUAGGAGAAGAUGCAAGCGCGAGGAAAGAAGAGGAGGAAGGAAAGACGCCACAGGGGAAUGGGGAGGGAACGCAGGGCGGCGAUUCUGGUGACCUAGGGACUGGUAAUGGUGGUGGGCAUGGUGGUGGUGGUCCUGCGGAGAGCGAAAAAGGUGAUAAUGGUGAUGGUAGUGGGACUGAUGGUAGGAACAGUGAGGAUGAUAGCAGUGAGGGUGACAAUAGUGAAGGGAAUGGCGGAGGCGAAGAGCAUGAUGACUGGCAGAAGUCUGCUCCUGUUGCUUCAGGCAGUGGCGGUGAGCAAAGCAGUGGCGAAGGAGCUGUUGGGGGGGAUUCGGGAGGUGGUGUGAGUGAUGCUGGCGGAGGCAGCAGUGAUAUUGAGGAUAAUGGAGGAAAGGACGAUGAGGAGGAGGGAGGUGGUGUGAGUGAUGCUGGCGGAGGCAGCAGUGAUAUUGAGGAUAAUGGAGGAAAGGACGAUGAGGAGGAGGGAGGUGGUGUGAGUGAUGGCGGAGGCAGCAGUGAUAUUGAGGAUAAUGGAGGAAAGGACGAUGAGGAGGAGGGAGGUGGUGUGGGUGAUGCUGGCGAAGGGAGCAGCGGGGGUGAGAAUAAUCAGGGAAAUGGCAAUGAGGAGGGGGUUGGAUCAGGUGGAGAGGGAGAGGGAAGUAAGAACGAGGGAGGUCAAGGGCAGGGAGAUUCGAAGGGGGACGGAGAGGACAGCUGGAUGGUGGGAUGGGGAGGCAAUAAGGAUGCGGGUUGGUUGGAGGAGUCUGGGGAGACUGAUGUGACGGAUAUUCGUGUUGCUCCACAGUUCAGAAGCAGCCUCAAAUCGACUGAUGCUAACACACUGACAGGCGUUCCGAAGCUGCUGAAGGAUGAGAAGCAGCUGCCGUAA